CUGAGAUAUGGCUGGUAUUGACAAAACCUCCUACAUAUUUAAAUGGCUCUCUGAAACCGAGGUGCCUUCUGGCCUACACACAAAACGCACGUCUGAUGACUUUAACGGAACGAGAGCUCCGAUACGGGAGUGCAAUGCCCCAGAGGAAGUGCAGAACCAGAACAAAACAUCGCACGAGCUGAUACAACAACAGCGCUCUGAAAAUAUCCAUGCAAAUCCGUUGCAGUUUCCAUACAGUGACCAGGUAGACCAUGGUCUUAAUACUUUCCGUGCGCGUAACCCACAUGAUUCUCCAAAUGCCAGGUUCUAUCAUACUCCCGAUGUAUAUGACCGUGGAGGGAACAGGACAACUUCAAUUUGUCAAGGCAACCUUUUAGGGAUUCAAGGAAAUUCAGUGCAAAAAAGUCGACGCGUGAUUUCGGACGACGAAGUUGUCCUCCAUUCUCCUGUAACCGAGAAAGUACAGGGCCUUACAUUAGAAUUGGGUUCGAAAACAGCUAAUACUAAAAGAAGAAGGAUUGUCGAAAAGAAAUAUGAAAGGAAGUCUCGAGCAAAAACUAGACCGGAUCGAUAUCAACCGAAGGCGACAACAAUUCCCCAGCGGAUUGCAUCCACUUCAAGACAAAGGAAUAACAAACCAAGAAGAAAAAGAAGAAGACAUACGCAGAUCAGCGAAGACUUCAAUGCUGCUAAUGUCACAACUGACCGUCUAACGGUACAACCCGGUCACAGAAUGGGCAUAUUCGGGAAAGGCAGAACAUCCACCCCUGUGAAACCGCGAGAUCUCCCGGAUCUCACAUUUUCAGAAAUGAACUUCCUCCACAAACGCGGACAUCGAGAUGAUCACAGAGAUAAACAAGCGACAGAGGAGCGAUAUCUUCAGCCAAGCCCAGCAGAAAGGGAUUCACCGUCCACAAAUUAUGACAACUUCACCGCUGUCGAGGAAAAGCAACUUAGUCAAUCUAACAACUAUUCUCGGUUACUUCCCGACAGAACAACUAACACGAACACCCGCUGCUCUCAGAAGAUGUCAAUGGACCCCGACUCUUCAGUUAUCUGUCCUUAUCCAGACAGGGAGGCAGCAGCUCACUCUCAAGAACUGGAUCCGUCUCUGUUGACAUACGUGACUGGGAUUCUCUUGAAUGAGUCAAACCCUCGAAAUGAUGAAAGAUACGCAGUUGCUGAGGAUAAGAAGGCGUACUACAAUCUAGAGGAUCUGAAGAAGCUCUCCGAACAUCGAGAACACUUGCAAAGUCUCCAGGACGACACUUCUGGUACUGAGAAACUGGUGGUCGACCUAGGGAACAGACAGUAUUCCAUGAACACCAGAAGCAAACAUCAUCCCGGAAAUUAUAGAAGCACGCAUCCAAACCACGCUGAGCUGUUGUCAAGGGGCCAUCCUCAGAACAAUCUCUCACACGAAAGGUCUACGGAGUUUUCUGUUCAUGUGAGCCCGACGAACCGUUCUGCGUCACAGGUGAUGCUAGCUGAGAAGAUCACCGGCAAGUCACCAUGGUCGGUGGGCGAAGGAGAAUUGCCAUUUGACCACUGCAAACCACCAGCCACAUAUUACAUUAGUAAUUCGGAUGCCAAAGAGGUUGGAGAUAGAGAGAUCGAAAAGGGCGAUGAGUGUUUUAGUCAACACCAAGGACCCACUGGAUCGCUUGACCUCCAGACAGAAUAUGCUAUCAGUGCUAGCAUUCCAAGUGUCGAUGACAUUUUGUUUAAUCUAUACGGAAAUUCACACACCGUCGAAGAAAUCCUUGAUAUGAAGAACGAGGAAUUCGACAAAUGGGAGUUUCAGGAUGAGUUACCAGGCUUCCUGACACUUUCUCCAGGGUCUCGCGCUGGAGUCGCACAUGGAUCUCACGAUAAGUUUCUGUCAGAUAUUCCGUUUGCACAGCCCAUACUGGGUUCGACACUUCGUGGUGCCAUCUCGAAAGAACCUCGAUAUUUCCUGCCGGAAGUAUCACGCCCAUAUACAAGUCAGUUACCGACGUGGGACUCCUCUUUUCCGCUGGCUGCAGACUCCCUUCAUAAAAGCCCGCACAUGCAAGACUUAGCAACACAGCAUUCGGCUCUUUUGGAACAGACACACCAUUCUAGUUCUCUCAAGAACACAACUGAGAGGGAUUGCGGACCUCCGGCGUUUUGGCGACAGAAUAGGCUGUAUUGA